UGUGAGGCAUCUUUUAAAGCUGCUAACCUGGAAAGAAGACAUGUGAACUCAAGCCAAUAUUGUGUCCACAGCAUCAUUGCAAUUGUUUGUUGCCAUGAUGUGCCACUGUACUUGACAAAUUUGGUAGACACAGGAGAGAAACAUUUCUAUACUGUUGCCUUGGUGCAAAAGGUCAUGGAUCAGCUUCCUGCUGCAGCAACUGUUGGCAUCUUGUAUGACAUUGCUUGCCAGCUACACAGAUCC